GCUCCCCUUUUCUACAGAGAAGAAGGAAACAAAAAAUUUCAGGAGAAAGAUUACACAGUAGCUGCAGUGCUGUACUCUAAGACGUGCCUUAAAGACAUUAUUAGAGCACAGACGCAUGGGUAUCCAGAAAGAUUGCAACCCAAGAUAAUGUUACGUAAAGCAGAAUGUCUGGUGGCCCUGGGGAGACUACAGGAGGCGCGCCAGACCAUCAGUGAUCUUGAAAGGAACUUCCCUGCCAGCCCAACCCUAGCAGAUUUCCCCUCUCAGAGUGUGCAGAGAAACCUCCAUCAUCUGAAAAUGAAAGUACAAGAAAAGGAGAAUCUCCCAGAAACCUUCCCGGCAGCUCUGGCCAAAACCCUUGAGGGUGUGGACCUAGGAGAAGAGAAUAAACAACUUUCCAACGCCUCAUCAUCUGUCGGCUUAUGCAUGGAUCCUUUAAAAGGUCGCUGUCUCGUCGCCACAAGAGAGAUUCUCCCAGGAGAGCCUCUGGUGAAGGAGGGUGCUUUUGUGAGUGUUCUUAACCCAGGAGAACUGCCACCACUGCAUCACAGCCUAGACAGCAAAUGGGACACCAGAGUUACCAAUGGGGACCUCUACUGUCACCGAUGUUUGAAGCACACUUUGGCCACAGUUCCCUGUGAUGGAUGCAGCUAUGCCAAGUAUUGCAGCCAAGAGUGUUUGCAGCAGGCCUGGGAGCUCUACCAUAGGAUAGAAUGUCCUCUAGGUGGGCUGCUUCUCACACUGGGUGUGUUUUGCCACAUUGCCCUGAGGUUGACUCUUUUGGUGGGAUUUGAGGAUGUUAGCAAAAUCAGGAAGCUUUGUGAUGAGGUUAGUAAUAAGGACAUCUAUUUACCUGAAAGCAACAGUCGGGUUAAGACACUUAAUUCUGGCCUAGGGGAGAUUGAGAAAAAUGGCAAAAUCGUUGAGACCCCAAUUCCUGGAUGCGAUGUUAAUGGGAAGUAUGAAAGUAAUUAUCAGGCUGUCUUCAACCUUUUGCCCCAUACUGAAAACCAUAGCCCAGAGCACAAAUUCCUCUGCGCGCUCUGUGUUUCUGCACUGUGCAGGCAGCUAGAAGCAGCCAGUUUCCAGGCUGUCGCAACAGGUGCAGACUCCUCCCGGCUGAAAGCAGCAGCGGCGCCUGAGUUGUGUCCAGACGUGACUGUUUGGGGUGUGGCGAUGCUCCGACACAUGCUCCAGCUACAGUGUAACGCCCAGGCGAUAACCACCAUACAGCACACAGGAUCUAAAGAGGGCAUCGUUACUGGCAGCAGGCAGGUGCGCCUGGCCACGGGCAUCUUCCCUGUCAUCAGCCUGCUGAACCACUCCUGCAGCCCCAACACCAGCGUGUCCUUCAUCAGCACCGUCGCCACCAUCCGGGCGUCACAGCGGAUUGGAAAGGGGCAGGAGAUUGUCCACUGCUACGGGCCUCACAAGAGCCGGAUGGGGGUGGCCGAAAGGCAGCAGAAGCUGAGGUCUCAGUAUUUCUUUGACUGCACCUGUCCAGCUUGUCACACUGAGGUACACGAGAUGGCUGCAAGGCCCAGGUGGGAGGCUUUCUGCUGCAACAGCUGCAGAGCACCCAUGCAGGGAGAUGACGUGCUGAGCUGUGGCCGCAGGAGCUGUGGCCGCAGAGGCUGUGCAGAAUCUGUCCGCAGGGACCACCUCGCCUCUCGCUUACAGGACCUUCAGCAGCAGGUUGGAAUGGCCCAGAAGCUUCUCAGCGAUGGUGAACUAGAGCCAGCCAUUCAGCAGCUGUUGGGGUGUCAGCGUGAUGCCGAGAGCUUCCUGUCAGCAGAGCACACCGUGCUGGGAGAGAUUGAGGAUGGCCUGGCCCAGGCCUGUGCUGCCUUAGGGGACUGGCAGAAGUCAGCUACCCAUCUGCAGAACAGCCUCCGAGUGGUUGAGGCUCGCCACGGGCCGUCCAGUGUUGAAAUGGGCCAUGAGCUCUUCAAGCUGGCCCAGAUCUUUUUCAAUGGGUUUGCAGUACCCGAAGCGCUGAGCACCAUACGGAAGGCCGAGGAGGUUCUGUCGCUGCACUGUGGCCCGUGGGACGAUGAGAUCCAGGAGCUCCAGAAGAUGAAAUCCUGUUUACUGGACUUAACACCCUCCCUGUAGGGCCUUCAGUGUAGGGUCCCAGGAGGAUUUUGACCACAGAAAAGGAGCCCAUGGAGCACAAGUUAAAGAGGCUCUGCUGGCCGGGCGCGGGUUCUGCGGGCCGGUUAUGAGGGGUGAGGCGGACUCAAAGUGCAGUGAGAGAGACACCUGUUUUGGUGACUGUUUCUUGAAAUGGUUAACUGCCCUCCAGUAAAAGCUCCCAGUCCCCAGGAAAGACUUAAAGCCAGUGUCUGGAGAUUCCAAGUCCUUGAGAAGGGUUUUAGCUGCUCUGCAGGGUCUGGAUGCCGGCCGGGGUCUUGGCUGGAUUCCACCUCACUAAACGCUGAUGCUGUGUUUCCCUGGAACAUUCCUAUGGUUUUCGUGGUAAUGAAAUGCAGUGCGCCACUCCAGCGGGAACCUCAACUCUUAGCAGUUCUGUUGUAAUUGAAAAAUAA